AUGGCUGGCCCCGCCUCCCCGGGCACCGAAGGCCCCACGUACGAGCCGCCGCAGCUGCCUCCUGGAUGGAUCGCGCAAUGGGACGGCACGAGCAAGAAGUAUUACUUUGUUUCCAUCUCGACCGGCGUCUCUCAGUGGGAAACCCCGAAUCAAGCUGCCCCGGGAGGCACCCCGGCGCAGCAGACGGACCACCCGUUUGGCGUCCCCAAGCCCGAGCUGAUCACCCACCCCGACGGAACGCAGACGAUUAGACAUGCCGAUGGUCGCAUGGAACCCAUUCUGCCUCCUGGUGAUGGUGCAAGAGGUGUUGGAGGAGAGACUGGCGAUCGGUCAAUUGGAAGUUUUGCCUCAAACUUGCUCAUGAACCAGCUCUCGGGCGGAAAGCAAUCGCACGGCGGUAGCAGCGGUAGCAGCAGCGGCGCCGGCAAAUUGGUCGGCGCAUUGGCAUCGAGCCUUUUCAGCAGCGGCAAGAAUGAUCACCAACAGCCUCAAAACUACCACGGCGGGCAGUCGUCUUCAUCGCAGCCGUCUGGUGGCUUCGCCGGAUCGGUAAUGGGCGGAGUAUCCAAUAUGUUUGGUGGCAGCAACCAGAGCCACUCGUCUCAAAACUAUGGCUACUCGAACUCUGGCCAGUCUGGAUCCUACAGCGGCCAAGCGCCCCCGACUUCGUAUCAGCCAAGCGGACAGCCCAGUGCCGCAUACAGCUCACCUCCACCUUCCGGCCACCAGUCGCAGCACUCUCAGCACUCCCAGCACGGCGCACCUUCUUACGGCGCACCUGCACACCAGCAACACGGCACACCAUCGUAUGCGACCCCAACGAGCCAGCAUGGUGCAUCGUACAGCAGCCCAGCCCCGGUCCAACAACAUUCAGGAUAUGGUCACCACAGCCCUGCACCCCAGGGUCAACAUUAUCCCCAGCAGCCGUCCUACGGAUCGUCGGCGCCCGCUCAACACGCGCCAGCUCAACACGUGCCUCAUCAACCAACAUACGGUGGCCAACACCAACAGUACCCCCAGUCUCAACCUAGCUACGGCCAGCCUCAGUAUGGACACAUGCCGGCGCCUCCUCAAGGUGCACCUGCGCCGUAUGGUGGUCAGCAUACAUACGGCCACCAGAGCGGACCGGCCGUGCCAACUGGCAGCCAUCCUCACUACGGCCAACAUGGAGGCCAUCAGCAGCAGGGAAGCUACCACAACAACCAAUGGUAG